AUACUUUGUUUUUUAUCAUUUCUUCUCUGUCAUCUUAUCAUUUCCAAUCCAAUUUAUUAUCACUUCCAGUUCUGUUGUACCUCACUGCCAAUUAUCCAUUUCAAUCGCCAUCAUAUCGAAUACCACACCACACCACACCAUAAAAAAUGUACAUCACAUCCCGCAUCCCACUUCUCCUUCCUCUAUUUCUUCUCCCAGGAGUCUUUUCCUGGUCUCCAUUCUCUCCAAGUUAUACCUCUCCAAGCUAUGCUUCUCCAAGCUAUACCCCUCCUCCUUCAGUAUCAUACAUUUAUCCACCUCUCGAACAAAUCCGCUACACACUCGCUUUUGAAACUUUUCUGCUCGAUGCCAAGAAUUGGACUGCAUUGAAUUUGAUCUAUACAACUGAUGCGGUCGCGAACUUUAGUAGUUUGGGGGCUGGUGUUUGUAUGUUUUUUUUAUUUCUUCGUAGCUUUUCGUGCGUGCUUCGAGAUAAAGAUUUGGGGCCGCAGUGGUUAUAGCGGACAAGAUAGAUUUGAUGAGAGAAUUGAAGAAAAUGAAAGCAGAAAAAGAGCAGAAGAACAAAAAUAACUAACAAUUAUUCAAAGGGACGGGAAGAGACGAAAUCAUCGUAAAUGAACAAAAGGCUUUGGGGGCAGUGGCACAUGGUAUUCAUCAAAUAACCAGCAGUGCUAUUUUGAUCAAUCCUGGAAAUCGUGGUGAAGCGCAUGUUACGACUUAGUAUGUAUUACUUUUUUCUUCUAUUAUCUCAGCAGCGGUUCCAGCAAGGUAAGACACGUACUAACGGAGUACGAAAGUUAUACUUUCAACCAUUUCGACACAAAUGCGGACAAAACAGCACAGCAUAUAUUCUCCUCAUGGUUUAAAUAUGAAGAUCAAUGGGUGGAUACUGGAUCCUAUGAUGGAAGUCCGAGCUCGUGGAGAGUAAAGAAUAGACAGGUAACUUUGGUAGGCGGGUCUGUUGGAGGAGAUUUCGGGAUUGAGAAGCCUUAGUGGUGAAGGCAGAGAGGAGAUGGGAACGCGGUGGUAGUUGAGAGAAUAUUAAUGAAGACCUGGUUGGCAGAUGUAAGGGAAUUGCGAAAAUGCGUGCACAUUGCAUGGAGAUUGAAGGAGAAAAAGGAAAAUUCAAAAGCUGCAGCGAGAAACGAGCUUUUCUGUUUCUCAGUAAUUUAAUGUAAUAUCUUCAUGUGUAUUAAUAGCCUUGUUCAUUUUGUCAUGUUGUUUAGUUCAAACGAACGGACCAAAAAGUCCUAAAGUCAAUCUGAUAAAACAAUCUACCACUCAUCUGAUACCGCU